AAGAAAAAAAGAGUGCUUUGGCUCGACUGAGGAAACUCGCACACGCAUUCUCUCUCGCUCUCUCUCUACAUUUCGACCCGUAUUUGAUUCGCCGGAGGGAUUUGGUGGCGAUCUGCGAGGGAUUUCGGGCGUCGGUAGACUGGUUUGGGCGGCGACUUCGUCUGGAGGCGGUCGAUUUGUGGCUUAGGGUUUUGCUCCAAGUCGAGUUCGGAGUUGGAACCCUAGGGUUAUGAAGCAACAAGUGACAGUUCGAUUGGGUUUGAGUUGAGGAACGGUGAGGAUUUCUUCUCCGGAUGGAGGGAGGUAGCGUCUCUAGACUUACUUCUUCUGGGGUAUACAAAUGGAUUAUGAUGACAAUGAUUUUCAAGGCCAAAAUCUUCAGUUAGCUGGUGACGGGAGUUCCAAAUUCUCUUCUGUUCUACAGCCAUAUGUUAUUCCGAAGUUUGAAUUUGAUGAUGGCCUUCCAGGGCAUUUAAGGUUUGAUAGCUUGGUUGAGAACGAGGUUUUUCUUGGGAUACCUAGUCAGGAAGACAAUCAGUGGAUUGAGGAUUUCUCUCGAGGAAGUAGUGGAAUAGAGUUUAGUUCAGGUGCUGCAGAAUCUUGUUCCAUUCCCAGGCGUCAUAAUGUUUGGUCAGAGGCAACUUCCUCUGAAUCUGUUGAAAUGCUAUUAAAAUCUGUUGGGCAGGAAGAGAUGGUUCCUGGAGAAACUAUUAUUGAAGAAUCAGAAGUUUGUGAGGAGCUGGAUGGCUUAACUGAUCAAAUGGAGCCCCCUUUGAAGCCAGAUGACAAUGUGAAGUCUGAUAUGGAUUCAGAACUUGCUGAAUUACCACCCAGUGUCCUUCCAGAACAGUUUUGUAGGUUUGUUGAUGGUACUUCACAAACUCAAGAGGCUGAAAUGUCUACUCAUAGGUCAGAUGAGUUAGGUUCAAAUGUUUCCCAUGAAACAUGUGUAAGUUUGACUGAAAAUAAUCCAGGAAUGGGUACAAAAUCUGAUGAUGCAAAUAAAAAAGAAGAGGAUAUUCAAGGAAAUGAAUCUCUUGAUGAUAAUAUGCAAAAAGACCCCCCUGGUUCAGUGAUGCAGAUUCAGAAUAUAAAUUUCUCUUCUCAGGAUAUUGCUGCACCUGUUCAGCUGUUGAACAGUCAGGAACUUGAUCACCAAGUAAGUGAUGUGACUUUCAAAGCUGACUAUCCUUUGUUUGAAGACACUGGCAAGUCAGUGGUGGAACACCAUGCUCUUAUCAAGGGGGCUGAUGGUGGCUAUCAAAAUUUAGAGGUAAUUGCUCUUGGAACUGGUACUUGUGAUAUGAGGAACCGACCUUGUUCUUCUCCAGAGAUGGAAAGUAUAGAAAAACACGCAGUUGAAACUGGUGUUAGCAUGAUUGGUGAUCCUUCCAGUUUGCCACUGACAGUGGAUGACAGCCUAAAGGUGGCAGAAGGAUGCAGGGAGGACCUGCAUUCCACUGACCCUGAAAAUGCUAGCAAAUCUGAAACUGUGGAUUUGUCCAACAGCACAGAGACUCACCAGCUUCUUAUUGGCAAUGUGCAGCAGGAAUUAACUGUAGCUGUUCAAGGUGAGAAUAAUCUGGAGGGGCAUGCCAUUGAGGUCAACAAUGUGAAAGCUGGAAUGGAUGCCAGUUCAGAUCUGAAGGUUGAUCAGGCAAUACAUGUAGAGGAAAGUUCUGUGGAGGGAAAAGACUGUUUGCAGAAAAGUGAUCAGCAGUUAGAUAGUAAGGCUGUCAGUACUUCUGAUGCAUCUUUGUUGUCUGGGAUGGACAAUAGAUCUUUUGACGGUCAGUGUGAUGGAGAUAGUAGUGAUUAUGUGAGAGAUUUUUCAAGUUCCACUAUUGGUUGCUCCUCAUCUGAAAUGCAUGGGGAGAAUCAUACAGUUGAAACUUCAAAAGGUGCAGAUUAUGCCUCUGGAGUGAACACUGAGGACUUAAAUGCUGAAGGUCAUGUUUCUUCUCUCAUAUUAGAUGGAUCAAUACAAACACGUGAAGGAAAUCUCGUGUCAAACCCAAAUGAUGUGCAUAACAGCCAAGGUGUUUCUUCCAAUGAGAAAGUGAAAGCUAAGUUGCCUAACAGUUCUCUCAGUAUGGAUUCUGAGAUUCUUGAAUCUCUUAGCAGUAGUAAGAUUUCUAAACUGUCAUCUCAAGGCGAGGGUACGAGAGUAGACAAUCAGGUAGUUCAUGGAUUAGAAUGUGUUACUGCUGCCCUCAGUGAACCAGAUUUUGAUGUUCCUUAUGCAAAGACUAACUCUGCCUCACAUGACACAGCUAAUGGUGUGUCUUGUCCUGCAGAGGCUGGUGCCACUUUAAAUCAAGUUAAUCACCAGGAUAGAAACAAGAAGGCUGAAAAUCAAGAUCCUGCUGAAGCAAGAUUACCAUCCUCGAUGGAGAAUUUGGAAGGGGCAAGCGAGCAUGGUCCUGAUUUGAAUCCCGAAAAAGGUGAAUCUCAUAGUCCCAAAAGGGAAUUGGCACAUGAAGCUGUUAAUCAGUCAUUGCCUACGGUAGAAACAUCUAAUUCAACUGGGGGAAAUGAACAAUCAGUUGAAUUGCUGAAUAAGAGAGUCAAUCAGUCAUUACUGGUUGUGGAGAAUCCAGCAAGUGGGAGUGAAGAAGUGAAGGCCAAAAAAAAUGAUCAGAACUCAUCCAAUAAGUUGGAGGCUUGUCCAAUUCUUCAGGAUUCAGCGGUAAAAGACAGUGGUAGUGCUGAAGGAGUUGUUCCUGGGAACCAUGAAGAAGUAGUUGGGGGGAAACACAAUGAGGCCUUAUCAUCAAAAAUUGCAGAUGAAACACUAGUUGCAAACAAAAGUGAGGUGCUUACAGACCCUACAUUGGGAACCUUAUCAAAAUUGCACGGUAACAUGGAUCAAAACGAUCAUGAGGGUAAUGAAGUGGCCAAGGAACCUGGAGUUACUCAAUCCAGGCAGACUGCCCCUAACACCGGAGGUUCUGUUAACCCUAAUUGUGAUAUCCCUGCCGCUGUCAGUGGCACAGUGCUGUGUCAAAGUGAAAAGGACAUGAAAGAGACGGUCAAAGUCUCUCUAGGUCCAUCUGAAAGAGAGAGUGGGAAUGAUGGGCAAUCAGUUACAGGGAUCCAAAUAUCCAGAACUCCUACAGUUGUGGAGGGAUCCCCUCUGACACCUAGUUCGGGCCAAGUACAUCCUAAGAUUGCAUCUGGAGUUUCCAAGAAAACCCCUGAACGCAAAACGAGGAGAGCAUCUGCUCGAUCAACUGGGAAAGAAAAUGCUAAAAAGGGAAAUCAUGUGAAGGAAACAACCAACAUUAUGCAAUCAGAAGGUGGGGAUAAGGCAUGCAGUUUGCCCCUGAGCUUUGCUGGCAGUAGUCAACUAGUACAGUUUGAAGGGAUGAAGGCCUAUGCUAAUGUUGAACGUGGUGGUGCAGUACCAUGUGGAAUUGUUUCUAUUCCCACAUCCAAUUUACCAGAUUUGAACACUUCUGCUCCCAUGUCUGCAUUGUUUCAACAGCCUUUUACAGAUUUACAACAAGUGCAAUUGCGGGCACAGAUCUUUGUUUAUGGAUCUCUAAUACAAGGAGCAGUACCUGAUGAGGCAUGUAUGGUUUCAGCAUUUGGGGCAUCUGAUGGUGGGAGGAGUGCAUGGGAGCCUGCUUGGCGCGCUUGCGUCGAUAGGAUUGUUCAGAGCCAGAAAUCCCAUCCCAACAAAUCUGAAACCCCUGUGCAGUCUCGUUCAGGUGCUAGGCUUCCUGAUCAAUCUGUCAAACAGAGUGGUAAAGCAGUUCCACCACCUCUUGGUCGAGCAAGUGGCAAGGGCACCCCAUCAUCAGUUGCUAAUUCUAUGAUACCUCUUUCAUCACCUCUUUGGAAUAUGCCAACUCCCAGUGAUGGUUUGCAGUCUACUGGCAUGCCAAGAAGCAGUCUUCUUGAUUACCAGCAAACAGUUUCUCCCUUGCAUCCUUUUCAGACACCAUCUGCACGGAGUUUUGUUGCACAUAGCCCUUCUUGGUUAUCUCAGGCGCCUUUUCCUGGUCCAUGGGUUCCUUCUCCCCAAACUUCUACCUUUGAUGCAAGUGCUCGUUUCUCUGUGUUUCCUAUAACAGAAACAGUGAAAUUAACACCAAUUAAAGAACCAGCUGCUCCUGUUUCCUCUGAAGCUAAGCAUGCAUCUCCCAGCACUCUGGUCCAUGGCACUAGUCCUGGUAUUAUUGCUGGAAAUUCUUCCCUGCCUGAAAUGAGAAAGUUGAAUUUAUUGCCCGGGCAGGAUUCCACUGAUGUGAAAUCCAGAAAAAGGAAAAAGGUUGCUGUUUCUGAUAGUCUUGGCCAGAUCCCCAUGCGUGCUCAAACUCGGACAGAAUCUGUAUCUGCUCCUGUUGUUAGUAAUCAUCUGUCUACGUCAGUUGUUGUAUCAACUCCAUCAUUCUUUCCAUCUAAAGGAAAUGCUGGUAAGGUUGGCACAGCUGUAUCUCCUACAACUUCCGUUGAUCACAACAAAGGGGGGGAACAGAAUGCAGCACUGAAGGUUACAACAUUGGAGGAGACUUUUAAUAAAGUUGAGGAGGCCAAGAGACAGGCAGAGGAUGCUGCGGCUCUUGCAGCUACUGCUGUGAGUCAUAGCCAAAGCGUAUGGAGUGAGUUGGAUAAGCAGAAGAACAGUGGAUUGGUUCCAGGUGUUGAAGCUAAGUUAGCUUCUGCAGCCGUUGCAGCAGCUGCUGCUGCUUCUGUUGCAAAGGCAGCAGCAGCCGCUGCUAAGAUUGCAUCAGAUGCUGCUCUGCAGGCCAAACUGAUGGCUGAUGAGGCAUUGACCUCUUGUGAAACUAGCAACCCUGCUCAGGGUACUGCAUCUUCUCUUGCUGAUGUUGUAAACAAUUUGGGAAAGGCUACUCCUGCUUCCAUUUUGAAGGGAGGAGAUGGGGGCAAUUCUUCCAGUUCCAUCAUUGUUGCUGCUAGGGAAGCUGCUAGGAGAAGGAUCGAAGCUGCUUCAGCUGCCUCAAAACAUGCUGAAAACUUGGAUGCUAUUGUAAAAGCUGCAGAGCUAGCAGCUGAAGCCAUUUCACAAGCAGGAAAAAUUCUUGCUAUGGGUGACCCUUUGCCCUUGAAUGAGUUAGUUGAAGCUGGCCCAGAGGGAUACUGGAAAGUUAUACAAGUGCCUCCUGAUCAGGGUAUAAUAUCAUAUAAUGAUAAUAGGCAACAAUCUAAAGUAGCUAACACAGGUGGUCUUGAUUUUCCUGCUAGACAUGCUAAGGCAGGACCAUCAGAGGAGGCAAAGACUGCAAGCCGUGGUUUGCCACCUCUUUCAAGAGAGUAUUCCAGUGAGUCAACAGAGAAUCGUGUGAAGGCAGUGGAUAGAGUUGCAAGUUCCUUCACUACUGCUGAAAAGGAUUCUAGAGGGCAAAGGAGUCGUAGAACUUCUGACUUGGCCAAAACCAUAGGGGUCAUUCCUGAAUCCGAGAUUGGACCAAGGUCUGCUUCUAUCAAAGCUCAGGAUGAGUAUGAAAAGGGAAUUGGGGCUUUGAAGGAGAACAACAUCAAGGAGGGUUGCCUCGUUGAGGUUCGGAAAGAUGGUGAUGAGUUUAAAACGGCUUGGUUCUCAGCCAAUGUCCUGAGUUUAAAGGAUGGAAAAGUGUUUGUUAGUUACACUGAUCUCCAAUCAGAUGCAGGUACAGGACGGUUCGAGGAAUGGGUGGUACUUGAAGGAGAAGCCAAUAGUGUCCCUAAAAUACGCAUUGCCCAUCCCAUGACGACCAUACGAUUUGAAGGAACCAGGAAGAGACGCAGAGCGGCUAUGGGAGAUCAUUUGUGGUCUGCUGGAGAUAAAGUUGAUGUGUGGAUGCAAAAUUGCUGGAGAGAGGGAAUAGUUACAGAAAAGAACCAGAAGGAUGAUACCACAUUGACUGUCCAUUUUCCAGCUGAAGGGGAAACAUCAGUUGUGAAAGCAUGGCAUCUAAGGCCAACUUUCAUUUGGAAUGAUGGACAGUGGAUUAACUGGUUCAGUACAAGACAAAAGGACUCUUCUUCCCAGGGUGAUACACCACAGGAAAAACGGCUGAAGUUGGGCAUUCCUGCUGUAGAGGGUAGAGAGAUGGAUAAGGUGUCCAAAAGUAUUGAACUUGGGGAAUCAGGGGAGCCAGAUGAGCCACAGUUACUGCCUUUAUCUUCCAGUGAAAAAAUAUUUAAUGUUGGUAAAAGAACUGUAGAUGAAAAUAAGCCUAAUGCAGUUAGAACAGUACGGAGUGGUCUUCAGAAAGAAGGGUCAAAGGUGAUCUUUGGCGUUCCCAAACCUGGAAAGAAAAGGAAAUUUAUGGAAGUAAGCAAGCAUUAUGAUGCAGAUAGGAGUAGUAAAACUAUUCAAUCAAAUGAUUCAGCUAAAAUUGCAAAAUAUUUGAUGCCUCAAGGAUCAGGGUCUCGUGCCUGGAAGAGUAGUACUAAAAUUGAUGCGAAGGAAAAACAGGCAGCUAUGUCCAAAAACAAAGUUCCUAAGUCAGGAAAAGCUCAAAAUGUUCCAGGGAGAACCCUACCUCAGAAGGACAAGGGUGUGUCUCCUGCUGUUCAUAAUGAUGAUACUGCAAGUGAUCAUAUUAUUAAGGAUUCUGUAAACAAUAAAGAGAAUGAGUUGGGGCACCAGAGCAUGAUGGAAUCUGAAUCAUUAUCCAAAACUGAAGGGGCAGUAGAAGGCCCAAUCUUAUUUUCUUCACUGUCUCUUCCAUUAGAUGCUCCUUCAAAGAAAAUGUCAUCAAAUGUGAAAACUGAACAGGUGAAUAGAGGAAAAUUCCCACCCCCAAGCGGAAAAUUGGCUAAAGUUGAGGUGAAGGACAAACAUAAUGUUAAUCCGGGGAAGUCGGUUUCUGAAGUCGUGGAGCCACGGAGAUCAAAUCGGAGAAUUCAACCAACAUCAAGGCUAUUGGAAGGAUUGCAAAGCUCGUUGCUAAUCUCAAAAAUACCUGCUGUUUCACAUGAUAAAAGUCACCGAAGCCAGAGCAGGGGUGCAUCUAGAGGGAGUGCUCAUGGUUGACGAAAUGAUGAUGCCGACCAAGGACAUUUAAUGGAUGUGAGAUGACGAAAAGAACCCGCCAACAGAGUAUCUCUGUAUAUUUAAAAUAGAAGGAAGAAACUAGGAGUGGAAGUGGGACGUGCUUGCUUCCUGAAGUCGCAGUUGUAAAAUUUAGUUAUAGAUGUUGGUAUUUGGUUUUAGUUACAGCGUUUAUGAUGUGAUGUCCCUUGAUUUCACUGUAAUAGAUUUAUAGCUGGAAAUUGGCCAUGUGGUUAGAAGAAAAUUACUGGAAGUUUCAAUCAUUUGAAUCUGCUGCUGCUGCAAUUGUGACUUCUA